UUGCCAAGCAAGGGUUUCUUUUUUACACAACUUUGACCUCCCCUUGUUGCCAUUUGGAACUUAAACGGGAGCUGAUUACGUCUGAAAAUGGGGAAAGAGGAGUGCAAAACCAUGCUGGAUGCGCUGAACAAAGUGACUGCUUGUUAUAGGCAUCUAGUCAUAGCUCUAGGUAGCACUUCAGACUCCCAGAAUCUACGUGAAGAAUUGAAGAAGACCCGCAAAAAGGCACAGGAGUUGGCUGUGGCCAACAGGACUAAACUGACCACUCUUCUCAAGGAUAAGAGCAUCAGCAAGGACGACCGAGCCGAAUACGAGCGGCUAUGGGUGCUUUUCUCCAGCAGUAUGGAGCUCUUGGAGGUAGACAUGAAAAGGUCUCUUGAAAUCGGCCAGGAUUUCCCGCUGAAGGUACCCACUCGGCACCUCAUCCAAACCGGAAUGACGGGAGCCACCACCACUGUGGCCGCCCGGGCCAUGAGCGUGCAGAACAUGAAGUACGACGGCGACGCGAACAUCGACACGGCGGAUCUGAAGGACCUGGAAACCGAAAUCGUGCAGGUCGGGCAGAUGCGAGAGGAGAUGGAGAUGAAGGUUCAGGUAGCGCCGUGGGCAGUGGAGGCGAAGCAGGAAGCGGGCGCAGAGCUGAAAUCCACUCUUAGUACGGGGAAUUCCUCAGUUGGCGUUAUAUCUAUCUGCGAGGAAGAGCCUAAAGAAGGAUUGGACGGCGAGACCGAUAUCAUGAGAAUUUUUGCCGGGAUCGUUUUUGUCGCAAUUUUACUCAUCGCUGGUAUUUUAGGAUACCUAGUGAUAAACCUUUCGUGA